AUGACGGAAAUUCGAGACCAAUCGAUUCCACGCGAAGAACGGGUCCUGCUCGCCGUCAAGGCCUAUCAGCAAGGCCAAUUUGACAGUACCCACAAGGCCGCAACGGCAUAUGAUGUCCCUCAGUCGACAGUAUCUGGUCGACUGCGAGGUGCCCGCCCCCGACGCGAUGCGCAGAUGAACAGCCAGAAGUUGACGGCGACGGAAGAGACCGCCCUCGUACAAUGGGUAUUGUCGAUGGACGAGCGAGGAAUGCCGCCGACAGUGGUCUACACUCGCCGCAUGGCCAACUUGUUGCUCUCUGAAGCGCGGCCAAGAAACUGUCGGCGAGAUUGGGUGCGGAAGUUCGUUGGCCGCCACAACGAAAUCAAGGCGAAAUACUCUCGUCGAUAUGAUUACCAACGCGCCAAAUGCGAAGAUCCGAAGACGAUCCAAGAACGGUACGAUCGAGUGGCAAUGGCGAAGCAGAAAUGGGGGAUUCUUGACGAGAAUGUCUACAACUUCGAUGAGACGGGGUUUCAAAUGGGAGUCAUUGCGACGGCAAGAUCCGUUUCCACAUUUCCCCACAGAAACUUCUAG